AUGGCCCAGCAGCGCUUCCCGACCGGGUCCCUGGAGUCUUCGCCGCCACCCGGUGGACACCGCAGGCUUCGCAGCCCCCCCUGCCUUCCUCGCACCGACGAGGCCCGCAAGGCAGCCAGGUAUCGGGAGCGCGGGCUCGCGGCGGGGCUGGGUCCCGACCAGUCAACGCCGGGCAGGCGGCGGCGGCUCCUCAGCUGGCGCACGGCGGGCAGCGAGUGGACCCAGGGAGGAGCCCUCACCUCCGCCAGCAGGGGGCCCGCACGACCGCCGCCCAGCAUGCCCCGCGCUGCGCAAGUGCAGAGCACGCGCGGCCGCCUCCCCGCAUGCCCCGCGCCGCGCCAGCGCAGAGCACGAGCCACCCAGCUCCAGGUGGAGAUCCUGCUGAGCGGACCAGGGCACAGGGCAGCCAUGGCCGCGCUGAGUCUGGUCCCGCGAGGUAGGGGACGGAGGUCCGGGAUUCGACCCCGGGAGGAGCGGGCGGCCGCCACCAUGGCCACAGCAGGAAACCACGCCGGGAACCGCGGGGGAGGAGAGCACGCGGACCCGGGAACUCGGAGGUCAGAGGUCCCACUGGGCUCAGAACCAAUACCGAUGACUUUUGAGGACGUGGCCAUUUAUUUCUCAAAGCAGGAAUGGCAGCAUCUGCAGACAUGGCAGAAGAAGCUCUACAAGCACGUCAUGAGAACCAAUUACAAGACUUUGGUCUCACUAGAUGCUGAUCUUUCUAAGCCAGAGCUAAUACUCUGUAUUGAACAUGGGAGAGAGCCCUUUGGGAGCUGGGAAGAAUCCCAGAAUCUAGAGAGUGUGAAGGAUUCCUCUGCUGAGACACAUUUUGGUCCGGUGACUGAGCAACAGCAGUUGGGUGAUCCUUUGCAGGGCCACGGCUCCUCUGGACCCUUCUUAGGAGGAAGGGAAAACGUUUCCUUCAGGCCUGAGCAAGGCCUCAGCCUGGUGACCCCGCAGAGACCUGACACCCUGGCUCCAGGUGCAGCAGCCCACGGCUCUAGCGUGUCUGUGGCAGAAGGGGGAAUUUCAAGUCACAGAGCACUGGGCCUCUCCUCCCAGCAGGGUCUUCCGAGUCCUCACCCUGCCUGUGGAGAGAGCUUUGGCAAGGAAAACCAUUUAGGGACGCACCCGGUUAGCCACUUGAAGGGCCCAGCGAGAAGGGCUGGGAGAAAACCCGCCAGCCAAGCAGACCUGGCUGGGACCCCAUCGGGAGGGGAGCCAAGGAAUGUCUCCUUCAGCAUGUGCUCCCCCCACUUGGGGCGCAUUGGGCAGCAGCCCAAGGACGCUCUGCCCUUCCACUGUGCCCAGUGCGAUGCGCGCUUCAGCCUUCAGAUCCAGCUGCACACCCACCAGCGCAAGCACAGAGACCCCAGGCGCUUCCAGUGCAGCCUGUGCAGCCUCGCCUUCCCCAAGCAGUGUCACCUCCAGGAGCACCUGCAACAGCACAGUGGGGAGAGGCCUUUCCAGUGCCCGCAGUGCCCCAAGAGCUUCCGCCUCAAGAGCACCCUGCGGGCACACCAGUUCACCCACACUUCCCAGAAGCCCUUCCACUGUGAACAGUGUGGCAGGAGCUUCAUCAAGCGGGACAAGCUGAUGGAGCACCUGCGCAUGCACAGCGGGGAGAAGCCCUUCCAGUGCCCCAAGUGCCCUAAGAGCUUUUGCCGCAAGGGUGCCCUCCAGGAUCACCAGCACAUGCACAGCGCCCAGAAGCCUUUCCCCUGCGGACAGUGCAGCAAGAGCUUCAUCAAGCGGUCCAAGCUGACCGAGCACCUGCGCGUGCAUAGCGGGGAGAGGCCCUUCCAGUGUCCACAGUGCCCCAAGAGCUUCCGUCUCAAGUGCAUCCUGCAGGGUCACCUGCGGAUGCACAGUGGGGAGAAGCCGUUCCAGUGCCCCAAGUGCCCCAAGAGCUUCAGCCACGAGGGCAACCUGCGGAAGCACCAGCUCACACACAGUGCACAGAAGCCUUUCCAUUGCCCACAGUGCCCCAAGAGCUUCCGCCUCAAGUGCACCCUGGGGAAGCACCAGCUCACCCACUGCGCCUUUAAGCCCUUCCAGUGCCCACAGUGCCCCAUGAGCUUCCGCCGCAAGGCCUCCCUGCGGGAGCACCAGCUCACCCACAGCGCCCAGAAGCCCUUCCCCUGUGGACAGUGCAGCAAGAGCUUCAUCCAGCGUGCCAAGCUGACCGAGCACCUGCGCCUGCACAGUGGGGAGAGGCCCUUCCAGUGUCCCAAGUGCUCUAAGUGCUUCCGCCUCAAGCGCUACCUGCGGGAGCACCAGCUCACCCACAGCGCCCAGAAGCCCUUCCAGUGCCAACAGUGCCCCAAGAGCUUCUGCAGCAAGAGAGCCCUGCAGAUGCACCAGCUCACCCACAGUGCCCAGAAGCCCUUUCCCUGCAGCCAGUGCCCCAAGAGCUUCAGCCGUCAGUCCCACCUCACCAGGCACCUCGGCGUACAUAGCAGGGAGAGGCACGUGCAGUGUUCCAUCUGUGGGAACAGCUUCCAGGUCAAGGUUGACAUGAAGACAUACCAGCUGCUGCACGGAGGGGAGAUGCCGUUCUCCUGCAAGUGCGGCAAGGGCUUCGCCAAGCGCUUCAAGCUGGUGGAACACAUCAGGACUCACCUCAUCGAGAAGCCUUUCCAGUGUAAGAAGUGCAAGAAACCUUUCCAGUGUCCCAAGUGCAACGAGGCUUUCGACUUGAAGACACAGCUGGUCGGCCACCAGCGGGUACACACUGGGGAGAGACCUAAGUCCAAACUCACUGCCUACGUCAGAGUGCACACAAAACCCUGUCCUGCUUCGAGGGACCCGAAGCCUGAUGCUGAAAUUAAGAAAGGCUGA